AUGGCUAUCAUAGACUCGAAAGCCAACUAUCUCAAGAAGAGAAAUCCGGAUGACGAAGACGAAAAGGAAGGUAGCGAAAGGGAAGAAGAUCUCUUAGACCAAUUAGAAGAGGAUUUCGAACUAGGUGGAAUGAGAGAAAAGAGGAUGGAAGAAUUACGUCAAGAGUUUAUCAAAAGACAACAAAUGGAAGAGAAUCAUCAUGGUAAAUACCUUCAAAUCAAGAAUGAAAAAGAGGUUAUCCAGAUUACCGCGAAAGCCAAAUUUGCAGUAGUUCAUUUUUUCCAUGGCGAUUUCAGGAGAUGCAAGAUCAUGGACAAUCAUCUAGAGUCGAUAGCUACCAGAUACUUUGCCACUAGGUUUUUGAGAGUGGAUGUUGCGGAUGUACCAUGGCUGGUAAACAAGCUUGAAAUUAAGGUCUUACCUUGUGUGUUUGUUUUUCUCGAUGGGGUAACCAAAGACCGGAUCAUUGGAUUUGAAGGCCUGACUGAAGAGGGAACUGAUGGAUUCAGCACAGCUUCGCUUGAACUUCGUUUAAAACAAUCUGGAGUCUUGCCCGUGGAAAGCACGGCUGGUAGCACUUCUGGCUCUCGCAUUCGAGUGAGCCCUUCAGUGCAAAUCAUGCAAGAUGACGAUGAUUGGGACGGAUAA